GUUAUCAAGCUCCAUAUCUUUAUCAGAUCAGAUGUGAGAUGUUUUCCUGAUGACAUGACAUUGACAAACCGUAUACGUGUCUAGAAUAGGAAGAACUGUGUGUUUGCUGUUAUCCCAGAGUUCUCAGACAUCACGGCAUUGUCUACAGCUUCCUGUAACUGGUUCAUCAAAAUCCAUCUACUUGCUGUAGCAUUAUCCUACACACAGUCACGGGGAGCCUGGAGACUAUCCCAAGGGAUGAUGGGAACAAAGCGGAGAUCACCCUGGACAGGAUACUGACCUGUUCACACACGACAGACCGUUGUUUAGAGAUUCCUAACAACCAAUAACAGAUGUUUUCGUGCUGGUGGAGGAGAAUCGAACCCCCUGCCUGAGAGGAGAAAUGUGCCUCAGGUCAUUAAAAUAAAAAUACUAAUACUUGACUGGACCCAUUGAGACAGGAGGAAGACAUGACAUCAAGACUUUCUAGUCGCUGGAGGUCAAAUGAGUCAGACACUUUGUUUCUGACUCUGUGCCUCCAGUUUUGCUGCUACACAGUAGAACCUGGAUAAACACAUGCACAGCCGGACACACCACGAGGCGAUCGAGAGACUCAAAGGCGGGGAGAUGCACAAGUGUUGGGCGUGUGACGUGUCCCUGUCAGGCUUGGAGCAGUUCAGCAGACACAUUGAAUGUGAAGAGCACAACAGCAAGCUUUUCUCCCUGAAGCAGCGCACAGAGAGGGGCUUUAAGGUGGAUUACAGCAACGACGAGCUGAAAGACCUCUGUGUUCAGAGAGAUCACAACCGCAUGCUGAUCAAAAUGCAGAGGCAUAAAGAGAAGCUGAAUAAAUUUAGAGAAAGAAAGGCAGCGAAGAUGCAAGAAGCAUUUUAUCAAAAGCCAUGGGCAAAAAGGUUCAGCUGUCUCGGAUCACACUCGGGGACAUCGGCCUGGACCGACGAUAAAAGUGUCACCUUUCCACCUAAUAAUGAAAACAAGCAAGAAACGAUGAACGCAGAAGCUGUUCCCGAGUCUAAAAGCGAAGAAGGAGCCCAGACUGAAGGUAGUGUUCAGAAGAAGUCCAUCACAUUGUUCACAAAGAAAGACGUGGACUUCACAAGUGAUGAGUUAGCUCAGAGGGACAUGUUUUCCUCCUGGGAGGAAGACAAAUCACAGCAGGAUAAAGUUGUGCUCGGUCAGAAGAGAUCGUGUGAUGACAACACUUUUGAUUCUCCACCUGUGAGGAAGCAAUUAUUAAGAGAUGUUCCAUCCACAAUGCCCAGAUUUACUCCGUCUGAAGAAGCUGAGCGUGUGAGUCAGCCUCCAUCUGCUGCUGUACCACUUACUGCUCCAGAACAAGAUCACUUAUCCACAAUGCUGAAAAACAUCCGGAAGUCUCUAAACAAGGAGCGUCCGCAAGUCGGUCCUUCAAAAGAUCCCGAUCCCGAGCUCAGACCUGAAACCACGCUUUCUGACAUCCCGCGUUUCUCCUCAAAGCCUCCACAGAUGUCCAGAAAGAGUCAGAGAUGUGACGCACAAGCCUGCAAGACCAAGAGAACACCAUCUCCACACAAACAAGACGACAACCUGCUAACCUCCACAGGAGCAGAACCACAGGAGAAACCAGAACCUAGCCAGACCAGGAACGUCCUCCCGACCUUGUUGAACCGAUCGGUCAGCAAAACGGAAGCCAACAAACCCAACCUGAAGGCGGCGCGAGGAAUCCGGACGUGUCAGAAGCCGGGCCUAGCCGCCAAGACCCAGGUGCUGAAGCCGGCGCUGCAGAAGCUCAUUAGCUCCAAGAGCUCGCAGUGGCGUAUCAACUGGAAGGAGAUGUAUCAGGAAGCCACACACAGGAAACUGCAGAGAGAGAAGGGCAUGCCCAGGUUCGGGAUUGAGCUGGUGACUCCGUUACCUCCUGAUCCACAAGAAGACGACCUUCAGCACUUCGAGCUAGACGAGGGCUUCCAGUGGGCGUCCAUCGAGUGUGACGCCGUAACUCCACCUUGCUCGGGCGAAGACUGGGAGAGACAAGACCUCAGAACCUCAAGCACAAAUCACACUUUGUGGUCAGCGGAAGAGAAAACAACAGACAGUGGCGAGAAUCCCAGCACCUCAGGAAUGAGCAGACUGUCUCAGCUUGAAAACGCCGAUCUCCAUGAGGACAACACGUCAGAAACCCAGGCUUUAGCGAGGCGACAAAACUCGACACCUCUAGAUAGCGUCGUUUGUGUAAAGACCGAGAAGUUGGACGAUUAUUCCACGGAGACGACGCUGGAAAAAAGUGACCACGACAGAAUCCCGCCCAUCCCUAAUGCUCAAAUAAAACAGGAAAUACAGGACUUUCCCCACACGGAUACUCUGAACAAAAAUCUGCCAAAAAGUCAGGUGAAUGAACUGUUAGUCAUGUCUUUAAGAGAGGUGGAGCUGUGCAGCUCCCUGGAGGAUGUAGACAGUCGACUGCUCCGAGCUCAAGCUGCUCUACAAACUGCUUUUCUGGAAGUUCAGCGCCUUCAGAUGAUCAAACAGCAGGUAACUGCAGAGAUGUCGUCCCUUAGAAGCAAACGUAUCAACAUCCUGCAUAGAAUAAAAGAUUCCAGACCGGACCAAACACCUGAUCCAGAUUCUCCCGGUUCUGCCGUCCUGACUCACCUGAGCUCUGCAGAAUCAGAACCCAGCGGCUGACCGCUCUUCUUUUCCAUCAGAGAUUCACACCGACUCUGACCAUCUGAGACGCACUGAUUUAAUCCUCUAGGCUCUGAGUGAAGAUGGACACACACCGAGCUCUCAGGAAGUACUGUUACUGUCACUGUUCUCGGUCAGUGUGGCACGGAGGCCUGGCCCGAUACCAGCCUGUCAGCAUCGCUCGGUACCGUGUGCCGAAGUGACCGCAGGUUUACGCUGCUGUACUGUUAAAUGGCCGAAAGAGUGAACUCUGAAACCUCAUGAAGAUCCCAGGAGCAUGGGUUUAGGAGCUCUGUGUGCUUUAAAAGGCCCGACCUGUUUCUAUGAGACGUUUCCUAAAUAAUAUGUUAAUUUUAAUUCUUUAAUUAAAUUAAAGCCUUUAGAUUUGUUAAAAGUGUUUUUUUUUAUUCAGCAGGUUUAUUUCCUGGUUCUGUUUUUUCUUGUUUAAAGAAUUGGUUUGCUGUGGUUCCUAGAAAAUGAACGCAGUUUGCAGGAAGU